AUGAAUUUGAAAAAGUUGAAAAAAGCGCAUCAUUGCAAAUUGCGAAAAUGCAUCGAGGAAGGGACUUCGGGUGGCCUCCCCGGCAUGCCUGUAAUGGGGGAACUCACAUAUAAACAGCUCCAGAGACAACUACGAAGACUACCGUUGCCCACAGCGGUACUUCGAGACGCAACGAGGUUCGUCAAGAAGGAUUUCAAGUAUGGCGCAGCCAAAAAAUUCCACGCGAUAUUCACCGAGAUCCUCGUCAACGAGCAAUACAAGGAUCAGAUUCCGAAAUUCCUAGAUUUGGUAUACAAAUACCAUAAGCCAAAGUGGUUGAAGCGGUUUAUGCAUGCUCACUAUAUGAGUCUCAAAGCGCAUUGGCCCGUGGUUCACUUGAUCGAUGAAGUGACAAAGGAUCCCGGAUUGCUUGCGACUUACCAUGGCAGGAUCGAAAAACCGUUUCUGGUGUUGGAGCAUGUUAAGUUUGACCCGGCUGAAGAGGAACAUAAAGAGCGUCGCACACCACUACCGCUCAUGAAACACUACGGUGACCAAAAAGAUGAAGUUGGCGGUAUGGUAAAACAAGUCGAAACCUUGUACAGUUUUCUAACAAGGGGAAGCACUUUGGGCUUGACCAAGCUUCCAUUUGAAAUCAUAUUCGCUCCUUCGAAAUUGGGCUUGCCUAUGUAUCCCACCGGUAGAGACAUGGAGUUGAAAAGGAAAGUCACUCAUGUGAAACACACCAUUGAAGCGAACCUACCCAUGAUGAAGACCGGCCUAGACGGCUUGAUCAAGGCUUGUGAGUCGCCCAUCAACAAGAACUUCUAUAAGCACUUGAGACGGACUCGUGAGGAUGAGAGCGUGCCGCACCAGGUGAAGAAAUUGAUUAGAAAGGAGGAAGUGGUUGGAGAUGAUUAUUUCCGCGACAUUUUAGCGAUGUACUUGCGCCAGCAGUACUGGCACGAUAAGGAAAAUUCAAACUACCGCAUGAACCUCGACUCGAUAAAAUGA